GUUGACGUCGUUUUGAAACGCCAUGGAUGGCCGACACAUGGUACGUGAAGUGGGCGUCGCGGGUGUCCAUGGUCCUGGAGACGACUUUUGGGAUCUUCUCAGACGCUUGGGAGAUUGCUAUGUGAACGACCUCCAAAACCGAGGCGGCGCUGGCCUCUUCGGUCAGGUCUCUAGCGACUCCACCGCCUUUCGUCGCAACAGCCGUGACGGAAUCGAAGGCGCCCGUGUGCAGAACUUGACGAAGCCGUCUUUGCCAAAGCCACCCGAGAGCUCGAAGACGAUGCCCAAACCCCUGCGAGGAGGUCCGGAUUUGCUGCCAGCAAUUGAGACCUGGAAGAGACAGAUUAGCUCCCCAGUCUCAGGCCCUUCGCGGGAGAGAUCUGCACGUUUUAACGAUCCCUGCUUCGCGGACGACUUUAUGGUGGCCUUGCAGCGAAAAGUGACCUUUGAGAUGUCCGAAGUCACGAAGAACGGGAGUAUCACCUCGAAGGAUUUGGAGCACCUGGCCACAAGGAGUCAGCCUGUCUCCAUUACAUUUGAACCUCGAGAAUUUUGGAAAAGGGAAAGCGCGAAUCCUUUGACCGCGUCGCACAAGUCCCAUGCGAAGAUCUUCAGUACCAACGCAAUUUGGGGCACCACCCAGGAAGGACGAACGAGCUGGACGAGUUCGGUGGCGGCAGGCUGGAAGUCCAUUAUGGUGCACCCUGUGAGUAAGUUUCGGAGUUUCUGGAGUAUUCUUGGGAUGAUGUUUUUGGUCUUCGACAUUUGGAUGAUUCCGCUGCGAUUCUUCGAUCUCACGAGAUCUUGGACCUCUUUCUCAGAUACCAUGAAUUUUGUGACGUUGCUCUUUUGGAACGCAGAUAUCUUCAUCUCCUUCAUUACGGGAUAUUACUAUCGAGGUAUUUUGGUGAUGAAACCCAAACGGAUUGCCCUUCAUUACCUCAGGACUUGGUUCUUUAUGGAUCUCGCCGUGGUCACGGUGGAUUGGGUCUUAACGGCCUUGGCGGCGCAACAGGAGGGCGCAGGGGCUUCGGGCGUGGCACGGCUCUCGAAGACGUUGCGCCUACUGCGCUUUGUGCGCUUGGCGCGGAUGUUUCGCCUUGCACGGGCGAAUGCUUUGCUGCAACACUUGGAAGAGAACACUUUCUCUCAGGCGACCUUGACACAGUAUGGUAUUCUGAAGAUUAUCGGUUACAUCAUCCUGGUCCAACACGUGGUGGGAUGUUUAUGGUUUUUCGUCGGGACCAACAGCACGACAAGCAAUACCUGGAUCCAUGCCACGUCGCUACAUGAAGAAGAUGUGGCCUUUCAAUAUUUCACCUGUCUCCAUUGGGCCUUCGCGCAAUUGGGCGUCGGCAAUGUGGAGAUCGAGGCCUACAACGUCCCAGAGCGAUGUUUCUGCGUGGGCGUCGCCCUACUGUCCUUGCUUUCAACCUCUGGUUUAGUGAGUACGAUCACCUCCUUAAUGACGACAUUGGAGCAGAGGAGGAACGAUGAGAUGAAUCAAUUUAUGCGUCUGCGGCGGUUCCUGCACUACAACGGCAUUCCAGGCGAUCUGAAGGAUCGAAUUCAGCGCUUCCUGCAGUAUGCCUAUCAUUCUCAAACUGAGUGUACCUCCGAUUCGGACGUGCCGCUUUUAAAGUUGCUCUCAAAGGGCUUACACGCCGAGCUGCAAUUCUCCCGCUACGAAGCUGCGCUGAGCAAGUUAACCUUCUUGAAGUCGUUGAUGGCCAGCGACCGACAGACUUUCCAAGAGAAUAAGGUGUUGCAAAGCCUGGCUGUGAAAGCGCUUUACACAGUCGAAUUGGCUCAGAAUGAUGUGGUCUUCUGCGCGGGCGGCGUCGCCGAAUCCGCCUACCUGGUGCUCAGCGGCAGUUUUUCAUACGUGCGGCAGAACAAAGACCGGCGUGUAGGUCUGGAGCACUGGAUCGGAGACCAAUGCCUGUGGACUCCCUGGCUUUAUGUGGGUGAAUUGCUAGCUCGCGAGAUCGGGCGUUUGGUGGCCAUGGAGGCGGAAGCCUUUUGCCAAUGCGUUGGUGCUGUAUGGGAGAUGAGACAACAAGCCAUGUAUUUUUCUCAGACUGUGGUGGAAGACUUGAACUCCAUGUCCAUCGAGGACCUGACAGACGUGAAGGAGAACGCUGAGGAUUUGGAGCAAUUGAUGCCCCAAAAGUCGCGGCGUGACAGCCGACUGAGCUCCGAAUCCUUGGUUUCCUUUCAACCCAUGAAGUGCUGGCCUUGCUGUCGUCGCUCUGCGCCCGUCGCAACUUUGCCGCAGCCGUCGCGGUCGCUCAGCGCUGUCACGCCGCAGUCUUCGACGAGCGAACAACGGAAAUCCGAUGAUGGUGCGACAGGCACGCAGGUGGUGAAAUUGACCACUGUGCUCAGUGAUGAGUGACCUAUUUUUUGCGAGGUGGCGGUCGUCUUCUUUUUCAACUCUGCGCAGUGGCAUGUCAAGCCUUUGGACCAGGCUUUACCACUCAGAAAUUUCAAAAGGGUACACAGAACCUCAAGGGGCUGCGGAC